CAGGCUGUCACUACAGCUGCAGAGCAUGUAUCGGUGAUGAAUAGCUCCAGAAUCGGUUCCUGAUUUAUGUUUUCAUUGAUUAAAUUUUACACUUGAGUAUCACCACGGAGUGAUACGAAGAGGACACAGCUGCUGUUAAGGGUUUUUGAAGUCGCCAUGGUUUUGCUUUUUCCUUUCCAAUAUUUUCUCUCCCGGCUGUCCUGAAGAGAAUUGUCCUACCGCCCAGCCCAGCCCAUGGCAAAGAUGAGCUGGGCUGCUGGUACUCAGUGUGUAGCCAAAGGGGACCACAGGAAACCAAAACCUGGAGAACUAGCGUACCACAAAGGAGACAUCCUCACUAUAGUUGUCACCAGCACGAAGAAGGGAUGUUACGUGGCCAAACACAACAGCACCGGAGAGGAGGGGCUCAUAAACUCCACCAAUGUGCGUGAAAGAGAGGCUCUGCGUGUGGACCCCAGCCUCAGCCUCAUGCCCUGGUUUCAUGGAAAAAUCUCCGGUCCAGAGGCAGUGUGCAAGCUGCUGCCAUCUGAGGACGGUCUGUUCCUGGUCCGAGAGUCCAUCCGCCACCCAGGCGACUACGUCCUGUGUGUCACUGUCGCUGGAAAGGUCGUCCAUUACCGGGUGAUUUACCAGGACAACAAGCUGACUAUUGACAACACGGAGUAUUUCUACAACCUUAUCGACAUGAUAGAGUUCUAUUCAAAGAACAAAGGCUCCAUUGCUACUACUCUUCUGAAGCCCUUGCAGAAGCAAGGGACGAAGUCAGCUGAGCUGGAGCUGUCCAAAACUGGAUGGCUUCUGGACAUUUCAAAGCUCACACUGGGAGAGAUUAUUGGAGAGGGGGAGUUUGGUGCUGUGUAUGAAGGAGAGUAUAUGGGCCAGAGGGUGGCAGUGAAGACCAUUAAAUGUGAUGUCACAGCUCAGGCUUUCCUGCGGGAGACCACAGUCAUGACGAAGCUGCAGCAUAAAAAUCUGGUACGAUUGUUGGGUGUUGCUCUCCACAAAGGGCUUCAUAUCGUCACAGAGCUCAUGACUAAGGGAAACCUUGUUAACUUUCUCAGGACGAGGGGACGUUCAGUCGUAAGCUCUGUUAAGCUCCUACGCUUUGCUCUUGAUGUGUGUGAGGGGAUGGAGUACCUGGAAUCAAAGAAGUUGGUGCACAGAGACUUGGCAGCUCGUAACGUGUUGGUCUCUGACGACAGCGUGGCCAAAGUCAGUGACUUUGGUUUGACAAAGUUGGACUCAAAGGCGUCUGAUAAUGUCAAACUGCCUGUGAAAUGGACCGCCCCUGAAGCUCUGAAGAAAGAGAAGUUCUCCACAAAGUCAGAUAUUUGGAGCUACGGUGUUCUUCUGUGGGAGAUCUUCUCUUAUGGUCGUCAGCCUUACCCAAAGAUGUCUCUUAACGAGGUGAAGGAGAAGGUGGAGGAGGGCUAUCGCAUGGAGGCUCCAGACGACUGCCCCCCUGGUGUUUACACCCUGAUGAGGAUGUGCUGGGAGCAGGAGCCACGCAGAAGACCUGCUUUCCACAAACUGAGAGAAAAACUUGAACGAGAGACAGGUAAACUCAGCCUGGACCAGGGAUCUGAGUGUCGGGAGGGGGUCAGGUCCGGAUCUUGAUGCUGAUCUUGAUAUGGACUCUCAGAUUCAAAAUGGUGGGACAAAGUGCAACAAAAAACACUGUAAACACCACUUUUUUUGGUGCACAUCACACAAAAGGACCUGCUGCAUCAAUGUUCUUAUGGACUUAAAGACAGAAGGAUCCGGAUUUGUGGAUUAACGUCAGUGAACACAACAUAUAAUGAUGGCCACUCUUCCCUGACCUCAAGAUUCCUCUAUCCUUCUUUUCUUCUUUCCUUUUCUUACAAUCUGUGCCACACUCUCACACCCUUUGUGCUUUACUAACAGGCUGUUAUAGGUUCACACUGCUAGGAUGGUCAUGAAAACAACAAAUUAAAAAAAAAAAAUUGAAAAAAAAAAAAACGAGAGGAGAGGGACCUGCUGAUACUGACGCUGCCUCACGCUCCAUCCCAUUCCUAAACACAGUACACUUUUUUGGCCCUUGCACAGAUGGAGGAGAUGGACUGUGACACAGUGUGCACAUGUGGACGCAACAUGUAAUUGCGGACUGUUUCUGCCAAAUACAGAAGUUAACAUUUGAAGUGGAUGAAAACGUUUCAUCAAAGUUUUCCUUAAACCAAAAUGUGUGUUUUUCACAUUUAAUGCAUAACAUGAGAGUCUGUCAUUAGUCAGUUUUUUCAUCGAUGAAAUUUCAUCCUUAAUGGCUUUUGAUGAUCUCCAGACAUAAUUGUUUGUCAAUAGGUACCAAUUGACCUGUCAACAGUGGUGACCUCAAUUGAGAACUGGUCACUAUUUAAUGCUCUGAAACCUUCAGUUGAGGUCAGAAAGCACUGAAAAUGCCACGUUUAGUGAGAUUGCAGGAUGUUGACCUCAACAAUUGGAGUGCUGCAAAGAGGGAUUAAUCAGCAUGAAGUUGAAGACGCAGUGGGGACCUCUCAAAGUGUCACUUCCAGGGCCUAAACAGGUUUGGAAGGUUUGGUAGUGUGAGUCGGAGGCAUUGUGCCUGCAGAAAUCGUUUCUUGCCUGCAGUCAGCCUGCGAAAUGACCUUCAGGGGGUUAAAGGGACGCAGGUGUCCACCCCAGACUGUUAGGAGACGACUUCAUGAAGAUGGCUUGGGACACAGAAGACCGGCUGUGAGGGUGCCUCUUUCCAGAGCACACAAACUGGCACAUCUGCAGUGGGCCACAGAACACUGCAGGUAGACACUGAGUAAGUGGGGUACAGUGCUCUUCACAGAUGAGUCCAGGUUCUGCAUGAACUUCUUGGACAGGCGUAGGAGGGUCUGGCAUUGCCCUGGGGAGAAAAAUUUGCCACAAAAUGUUGUACAGCAUGACAGUUUUGGCAGAUCAGUGGUCAUGGUCUGGGGAGGCAUCUCCAUGGGUGGAAGGACAGAGCUUUUCACCAUCUAAAAUGGUAGCCUGACAGGCCAAAGGUAUAGGGUUGAAAUCCUUACACCACUUUUGCGACCAUAUGCUGGUGCAAUGUGGCAAGAAUUCAUGCUGACAAGACCCGCCCACAACAAGCAAGGCUGGUGACGGAAUUCUUGGAGAAAGAUGGCAUCUCAAGGAUGGAGUGGCCAGCCCGGUCAACCGGCUUGAACCCUAUUGAACACAUUUUGGAGCAGCUACAGUCAAGAUUGCUAGCAUGUCAGGUCCCUCCAAGAACCCGUGUGGAGUUGCAAACAGCAUUGCUGGAGGAAUGGCAAGCCAUCCCUCAACAGAUUAUCCAAAACCACUUCAUUACCAUUGUGACCACUGUCUUGCCUCCUUGAGGCACUCCAAAGGCUGUAUAAUGCUGCACUGCAACCAAUAAUGUGCAAGAGGCGUUUCCAGUCCAUUGUGCCUUCAGGUAAAUCACAGAAGUUCUGAACAACCAACAAUUUUUGGUUGCACUCUUGUCUUCAUGAAUGUGUGAGAAGCCACUUCACACCUUGUGACAAACAAUUAUGUCUGGGCACCACCAAAAGUGAUGAGGCAUGAAAUUCCAUUGAUGAAAACAUUGAUUAAUUGUAGACUUACAUGUUAUACAUGAAUUAUGAACAAUACCCAUUCUUGUCUUAGGACAACUUUGAUGAAAUGUUGUUAUCCACUUCAAAUGAUAACUUCUGUAUUUUUUAAACAUAUAGAGUGCUAAAGGGCCAUACUGGACCAAAACAACUCCAAACAAAAUAAUGAGUGAAAAGUUGCAGUCAUUUUCUCGAUGUAUUUCUCCAUUGUAAGACAAACCUGGUUGAGCUUGGCGCAGUGGGGAUCAAGGUGGGGACAAGAGAGGGGAGACAGUUUUGUUUCAGCAUGGGACAGGGCAACGAGGCUGAGUGUUAGUUCACUCUUAGUAUAUUUGUCUAAACAUAGUUGUAUUAAUUUGCCUUUAACAAUGAUACCCCGUGGAAGAGACAAGAUGCCUUGCAGGCUGCUGUAUAGGCCAGUCUUUCCCUGACUUCAGUGCGCUGAGCCCCAAAUAAAUCCCAAUGACUUACACAAGACCUUCUGACUUUAUCUUCUACAACAGAAGUACAUAAUUCAAUGGUAUUUUAAGUCUCUUAAACAUCUGAAACAGACCCACACCACAAUGUACAGAUGCUGUUUGUGCAGUCUGCUGACAACAUGCAUGAGUAUCCCAUCAGUGGUAAAAAAAUCAUGUUUACAGCUUCACAAUUACAUUAGAGGCGAUAACAACUAUAAAAACUAAGGACAGAUUUAUCCAACUAAUUAUCAUCAUCUAUGAGCCAGAGCCCAGUGUAUCACUUACUUGCUCUAAAACAUCAAUCUCCAUUAUUGCCCACUGAGCAAGGCCACUGUUGUACAUUAAGAAUAAACUCGAGACACACAUUCCUGUUGCUGCUUAAAUUUUACUGUUGAGCAUCAAGGAAAUAAAGAAUAAUAGUUUCUUGAAUUUAAUCACUGGAACCAAAUCUGAUUGUAUCCCAGUAAUAAUGCUCAGCAUUAUGCCAUAGACACAGCUUAAUAUGAAAAAUACUAGAUUUUAUUGCAUGUAUACAGUGAGCAAAGACUUUAUUUAAAUACUCAGAGGCAUUUUGCUUGUGUGCAGAGAAGAUUUGGAGGGUUUCAUUUGCUGCUCAUACACCACAAGCUUUCUGCUAAAUCUCCCACAGCACAGAAGACCCUUUGACUUUUAUGAAGGCCAGACGUCAAAGGUUAACUUUGGCUUUGCAGGGGGGGGGGUUAUUAGGAGUUAUUUAGGAAACCGUUGAUUGUAACAUAUAAUAUAUUUAAAAUAGGUAGAAUGUAUUUUGAUAAAUGUUCUUUAUGAUGAUUGUUUGUCUCCACUGACUUUAUCUACUCAUUUUCUCUUUUUUCACUAUUACUAUUCACACACAUUGCAUGCCUCUGUCUACUCCUGUUGUCUCUAUGCCUGUGUGACCUUUUGUCGAUACUCCUAGGUUUAUAAAGGUUGAAGAGUUUCUCUUGUAAUCUGCAUUUGGACGAGGUUUAUUUAAGGGCGUAAAUAACGGUCAUAAAUAUCGCCAAUAGUGUCAGGCGCCAUGAGAAACAUGCACACGAGGAAUAAAAAGACAAAAGGGAUCGUCCUCCAGUUUAUUGAUCUCUGAUGAUUGAAUGUUAAAAUGAUCGUCAGUCUGUAUAGGAAUUGAUCCCCUCCGAUAUUCACUGCUCAUCUGCCCACACACGCCUGUGAGGGACCGGGCGUUUUUCUGCCUGCUGUGGUGAGAAGAUCAAGAGGGAGUUUAGUUUAGUUGGUGCGGAAAUGAGCUCAGCCCUCGCUGAUUUUAGCACGUUUUCCACUGGUUUGUCAGUUUACAGUGUGGUACACGAGGGAUUGCAGGACUUUUUCUGUAUCACAAGUGGCAGACUUUUUGCGAGAAUUUAAAAAAAAAUUGUGCGCAAUUGCAGAAAUCUCGCGCCGAAAUCCAGCACUCGUUUAACUAUCUCAAAUGUAAAACAAGCGGGGCAUCGGUUCAUUGACAACUUUAGUGGAUAAAUCAGUUGCAUUGGAGAACUCUCUGUUAUGAUACUGAGUCAAAGCAUCCCAGCAACAUUAGACCCCAGCUCUGACACGGGGAGGAGGGAGUGGGGCUCUCUGGUCAGUGCACGUGUAGGUUCGCUCAGCUCAUGUCAUGGAGUCAGAGGGAACGAGCAGAAAUUAAAUACAUUCAUGUAAACAAGAUAAAUAACAUAAAGCUAUUACAUUUAUUUAAUAAAUGGGCCGGGUAUAGACCUGUUCUAUAGGAAAAAUGUGCUUAAAUGACUCCUGUUGUGAUCUGGCGCUAUAUAGAAAAUACAAUUAAAUAAAAUUGACUCGACGUUUAAGGGGGCGGGGCGCCCCCCUAAUAGAAUGAUAGGGGGAACACUGGAUUGAUAUACUUUAAGAAAGUUAGCUUCAUAAAUUUUUGACACUUUAAUGUCAACUUACUGGUCAGCAAACGCGGGGCAGAUUUUGAUUGAUUGACUGAUUGAUGAAUUUUUCAUUGGUUGUGUAAGACUAAAUCCAUGGAAAACACUUUGUAGUACCCUGUCUUUCCUCUUUAUUUGAUUUUUAGUUUUAGGAGUGACUUUUUGUUAUACAAUGUCCUCCUGGGAACUUCCAGGAUAUUGUCAGGUACAAAAUGUUUUCAGAUUUCCUAAUCUUAAGGGAAAAAGGAUUAUGCCUGCAGAUGAUUGUUUUACAGUGACUCAAACACAUUGUAUUUAUUGAAAUCUGUGUAUCACUUACCUCACAAUAUGUGAAUUUAAUGUGCUUUUAAUUUAACAGCAUUUAAAGUUGUUUUCUAAGGGGACUAAUACAUAUUUGAUUCAAAAUAAGCUCUUCUUUUUUGGUGCUGCAGUCACGUCAUAUCACCAAAUUAAAGAUGUCAUUUGUGUUAAGUAUAUGUAAGCCUGGUAUUUGUCUCUGUCUCGGGAGACUGACCCCAAAUUGAGGCUUGAUCCUCCAUCUCUUGUUAUGACACAGUGUAAGGCGGUUGAUGAUUUGUUCAAUCUGCUCUGUUUUUCUCUAAAGGGAUGAGCAGUGAUUUUUCUGCACAAGGUUUUAUAAGGGAACCACAUGUUUAAAAAAAAAGAUAUAGGAUUUGCUGUUUUUAAUAGAGGAUGAGUUAUGCCUUAUCAAAUAAAACGUUUCUUUCUGUAAA